CCAGUUAGUGGUGUUCCUGCUGAGGCUGGAACAACAUCACUCACUUAAAGGUGGGUACAUCCAGCUGGAGAGUCCCAAAUAGGAAGAAAUGUGCGUCCUGGAUCUAACUGCUAGCCAUUAUCCAUCAUUAAUGCUAAAACUGAAAAUACCGGCAAUAUCGAAGCAUCCAUAUAGGAGCCCAUAUUUAAAUAGUGGCCGAUCACUUCAGUCUAAUCAACAACGGAGACUUACAGAGCAUAGCAACAAAACUAAAUAUUUUCAUACCACAAAAAAGCACUUGGUCCUGGUACCAUCAGUUUUCAACACUUCCUCACUUGAAACACAGUUAAGUGUGUCGAUCAACAAAACAGGGGCGGCUUAUUUUCUGCAAAUGACUGAAAUGCAUCAACAAUAAUAUACCUAAAUGAUAAGAUUAAAAAAAUGAAAGGUGAAUAUUUUCAUUUUAGUUUUGUAUGAGGUAUAGCAACAAGUUUGCUCAUCGUAACUAAUUAAUUGAUAUUAU